AUGUUAGCUCAAAACCCAGUAGCUGUAGUUUUGGUUGGUGUAUCUCUCUUGGUGUAUAUUGUUCUGGUUGCAAUACUCCGCCAAGCUGAUAUCCAUGAUUCCAAGAAAGGCAACUGUGUUUACCUUCAAGACAACUCUCCGACACACCGUCAGAAGUAUGAAGUUUUCAUGGAAACCGGCUGUAGCAGAGAUGCUGGAACAACAUCAAAGAUAAGCAUUAUUCUGCAUGGGGAAGAAGGUGUCUCAGAAACAAGGGAACUUAUCAGUGAUGACAAUUAUCCAAUGUUUGAAAGAAAGUCUAGAGACAGAUUUAUUGUCACAUUACCUGACAGUCUGGGCAAAAUCUUCAAGAUUCAGUUGUGGCAUAACAACUCUGGGUCAUCCCCUGGUUGGUUCUUGAGACAGGUGGUUAGGUGGCUAGCAGUGGACAAGGAUGAUGGCAAAGUUGAAAGAGAAUUUACUGCCAUUGAUGGAAGAAACAUCGGUUUUGGAAUGAUCUUCUGGUGUAAGGGCUGCCAAUACCUGACAGAUUUUCACACAUGGCUGUCCGUGUGGACCUGUCCUCCUCACAGUCGCUUCACUAGAGUACAGAGGCUUACUGUUUGUUUCACUCUCCUGAUGGCUUAUAUGUGUCUCAGUGCUGUGUGGUUCAAACAGACUCCAUCACAGAUUCGUGGAGAGUUUGGACUGUUGGAUCUGUCAUGGCACAAUGUUAUUGUUGGAUGUAUUUGCUGUGCUAUUGUUCUUCCACUAAACCUCAUACUCAGCUUCAUGUUCCGCAGGAGUCGUGUGCAUUACCCAGGCUAUGAGCAAGACAAAGCAUUGCUGAGUGGUAAAUCUGGCUGUGAACUUGCCAGUGAAUGUGAUGAUGAACCAGUGCAGUCCACAGUGAUAUAUUCAAUUCUUGAUCAGUCCAUUCUUAACUGGCAAAACAUUCAAGACUGGGCACAGAAGCAGUGGCUGAAAAGGCAGCAGUCGGAUGACACAGAUCAAGCUUCAAGUGGCUUUGAGGAUGCUACUAGUCAAGUAAUAGUAGACAGACAGCGAAUAAAAACCACAUCUGAAAUCAGUUCAAAUGGGAAAAGGUCUAAAAAUGAAUCAUCAGAUGUUUUAAGUGCAAGCAGGAGAAUAUUUCUUCCAUUCUGGUUUCGUUACGUUGCCUGGACUCUGUGUGUUCUCAUAUCUGCUGCUUGUGGGGCAGUCACCAUCCUCUAUGGGUUCAGCCUUGAUCUUCCUAUAGCUCUAUAG